AUGGACAAGUACAACUCCCAGUGGGUGCAGUUCCACAUCCGGGACCACCUCGACAAGGGUGAGAUCUCCGUCCGCCACUGUGUCAUCGAAGGCGGUGAAUUUCACGACCCCAACCUCAACGACAAGGCCAUGACCGAAGACGAUGUCGACGAACUCCGUAUCCCCUCCUACGGUGUCGGCGAGAUCUGUGCCCGCGGCCGUCGCGGCAGUGAGGGCCGCCUCGACCUCUUCCACGGCGAGGACAAGAUCUGCGAGCUGCACUGGGACAACCGCAAGGGCAAUUGGGUCAACCUCGUCGAGGUGCUGGACGGAAGUGACAAGUACAGAGUCGAGCAUGGGGGAUGGAGCCCAGAGGCAGGACCUCUGGGCCAUGUCUACGUGGACAUCAGGGCACAAGCUGAACAGCAGAAGUAG